AAGAAAUGCAUUUUCUUAUUGCGCGCAAGAUGAUGCUAACGUAACACAUAAAAGUUUUGUUUUAGACUGGCCAUUAGGUGAAGAGGAUAUCAGAGUGGAUUUGCUAUUUCAUUUGGUAAGCUGCGAUGUUCCGGAUCUAUCGAAAGCCGUACCAGCUCCACAAUUCCAUCCAGGGCCAGAACCACGAACGCUGGUUGCAACAUUAGGGGCCGAUUUGAUGUAUCGUAAAUGUCAGUUCCUUUAUUACGUAAGCGAUGUGCAGAGUACGCAGUGUGGUACCACUGAAACGAACACCGAUUUCAACCAGAACUCAAUGAGACCAUUACGAAUCGGUUAGUU